AUGGCAAGCCUCGUCGCCACUCUCCUGCACCUCUUCUCCCUCUUGGUCGUCGCCGCCGCAAAGGCCAUCCGCCGCCUCAUCGGGUGGGCACGUCCGGUGUCCUCCUGCCCGCCGGUGCAGGAAUGCUGGGAGGCAGAGGUGUGCUCCACGGUGCUACCCGUGACGCGGUGCGGUGAGCAGCGUGGAGCGGGGCGCGAACGCUGCGUGAUCUGCCUGGGCGGCAUGGAGGAGGGCGACGAGGCGAGGGUGCUCAGGUGCCAGCAUCUGUUCCACCGCUGCUGCCUCGACUGGUGGCUGGCUGCGCGGCCGGGGGCGACGUGCCCGCUCUGCCGUGGCAAGCUCCUCACGGUCACAGCUGCCAAGCACGCCGGGGAAGAGGAGGAGAGGAGCAUCGAGGGGAUGUGCAUGGUCAUGCUCAUGGCCUACGUGCAUAGCCGUACUUCGGUUCCGGCGGUUUAA